GAAGCCGCUUCUGUCAAAAGAAAACAGCUGAUUUUGUUUGGUUUAGUUUUCAUUUCCCCGGUUUAUUAUUUUGCUGCAGUAUUUUAUUUCCUCUCAGCUUAUAUUUAGAGAAUAAAAUAAUUACAACUGCAAGUCACACCGUAAUACAAGAGAUGGAAGACCAACCAGUGACAGCAAUAAGAGAAACAACUCGUAACUUAUUGAAACUUAAACGGCGGUUUAAUAGAGACGAAGAAAGCGAUUCACGACGUUGUGUGCCUGAUACUAGUACUUCACAAAAGAACAUAAAAGCAAUUGUAAACACACUGAAGACAAAAUCAUCGGUAUCUGUAUCUGAGCUGCGGACCCUAAAGAAUGGACUUAUGGAGGACCCAAACACUAUUGAACUGGUGUUGAAUACUCACGGAACUUUGAGAGGACUAGUUAGAGAGCUAACAGGCAACGAUGUGAGGAAGCAGUGUGAAGCAGCAGGGUGCCUGUGUAACCUUGGGCUUGGAGACUCUAAGGCUGGUGUGGCCGUGGCGAAAGCUGCUGGACCAUACCUUGUUGCUGCUCUCGAUAGCCUUUCUGUGGAACUUGCUGUGACAUGCGCAUGGGCCGUAGGUAACGCGGCGGGUGCUGGGCCGCGCGGCGCCGCGCUGCUGGCGGCGCAGGGCGCGGCCAAGCUGGGCGGACUACUCGACGCGAAGGGGGAGCUGAAGGACGCAGCGAUAUAUGCCUUAGUGCACCUCGGGUUUCAGAUGGGGGAUGAGCUUAGGUCAGAGCACCUUGCCAAGAUUCUAGAAGCGCUGUAUAAAUCUGACAUCACCACAGCAACAUCACAACUCCUCUUCAUUCUAUCCUGCCAUAAUGAAUUCAACAGCGUAAUAUCUGAGGUACAUAUUCACAAAAUUUUACAAAAUUUACCAAUUAGUUUACAAAGCCAUAUAAACUCUUGUGAAAAAAGCUGUUCUAUGAACUGUAAAUUAUUAUACCAAAUUAGAACUUUGGCUAAUUUAAAUAUAGACGAUAAAGUUAAUGAAUUGUUUACAAAUUGUUUGUGUCAACAUGUGGGUAGUUUGAAAAUGUUGUUGGUAAAAUAUGAUGAUUUAAGUAAAUCUGUUUUGUGGUUGCUGGGUAAUUUGUAUAAUAAUUCAAGUAAUAGCGUAUUGUUUAACGAAUUAUUAUUAUUAUAAUUUUAUGGUAAUGCAAAUUUUGAUUAUUAUUUGAGUACAAUGAUAAUGCAUCUCCAGAUGUUUGACAUGUUGCUUGACAUUAGCCCCGAUUCCUGCAGACACCUCCUAAUUUUACUUUAAGUUAUACCUGUCAUUUUCUUAUCCGCCGAAAAGGAAAGGGACGGAUGAUUGACAGCUCUUAAUUUUAGGAAGAAUGAGUAACCCAGGCGAAUCAAAAAGGUAUCUCGCUGGUAUGCGAACCGUUUGACGUGUACUGUCAACUUAAUUCUGUCGGGUUAUUAGCCAAUGUAAAAUUUUUAGACGGUUGUUUUAGAUUUGUACUUAAAAUUGACGUGUGUUCCAUAAAUUUUAUGCUUGUCCAUUACCCGUCCCUUUCCUUUUCGGCGGAUAAGUAAAUGUCAGGUAUAACUUGAAAUAAAAUUAGAUGGUAGGUAUUUACAGGCACAUUGUCGAAAUAACUUUGUGAGAUUGUCCUUUGUUUGGUAAGGACUUUUCAGGCUUGAAUCACCUGAUCGUCCGAAAAAGUAAGAUGAUUCCGUGCUUCGGAGGGCACGUUAAGCCGUUGGUGCCGGCUAUUAGCCGUAAAAACACCUCCACCAACCCGCAUUGGAGCAGCGUGGUGGAGUAUGCUCCAUACCCCCUUCGGUUGAUUGAGGGGAGGCCUGUGCCCAGCAGUGGGACGUAUAUAGGCUGUUUAUGUUAUGUAUGUAUUUACAGGAAUUAGCACCAUUGUGAGGACGCGCCGCGGACACUUUUUCACAGAGAUUAGAUGUCUAUUUUUGCAUUCGUUCUCACCCAACGGGCUCUAUACCAUACUACUUCCAACCAGCGGGGUUAGCACCGUAAGCGCGCGACUCUUUCUCGCCUCGACAUACGUCACCCGUCACUCUCUCACAGUACUGCACGGAAAGAGACAGAUGAACGUUUUCGCGGCGGGAAAGAGUCGCGUGCUUAUGGUGCUAGGCCUGCUUGUGACAUCUCUGAAAUACGGUUGAAGCUGAGCUCCAUCAUCAGGCUUCUCCUGUUUUCGUGAUGACAGAGAUGAUGGCUAUCACAGCAACUCCUCUUUGUUCCAUCCUGUACCUCAGAUAUUAUCCUGUUGAAUUCAGCAUGAACAGUCCAGGAUAAAAAACUACAACAGAAUAAUUCGCAAUAAAUAUAUUAUCAUAUCAAUAAUUACAAUAGUAUUUCAUAAUAAUAAUAGUAUUUAGAUAAAUGUUGGAUAAGGCUACAUAUAGCAUUAAAACGUCUCCCACAAACUUAGGUUAAAGGGGGAUAUACUUGCCUGCAUUCAUGCAGCCGAUUUGAAAUAGGUAAUUAAAAAUAAUUCCCAACUAAGUUUAGAAAUUACCUAUUUAUGUAACAAUUUGACUUGACAGAAACACCUAAAAUGAUUUAUAAGUUAUAAUAACAAUUUAUGCCUACCUAAUUCAAAAUAAUUUCUUCAUACAACUUUUGAAAUCGUAGCCUAAGGCUAGAUUCACACGUGGCGAUUUCUAUCUAGUGCAAGGGUUAGUGCAAUCACUUUCUGAUAUCACUGAAAAAUUUACUUUAUUGCCAUUCUCAUAAAAUGCAACAUUGUUUGACAAUGACAAAUUGCUCGCGCCGGCUCAAGGCUCGUCGAGGAUAGAGAACAUUUUACAAUAAAGUUAAUUAUUCAAUGUUUUCUGAAAGUUCUCGCCUCUUCGCUGCUAUUAGUCUGCGCUGACCCUAAGGUUACCAGACUAAUCGAUCUUCUGGUCGAUAAUUCUCUAGAAAGACGAUUCUCAAAAACCGUCUAGUAAUCGAUCGACGCAUUCUGUUCGACUAACCAAUCGAUAUAUUCCAUCGGUCGUUGUUGAUCGAUAGGUCAGUAGUAGCUUUUUGUGGUCUGGUAGAAACUAUCGAUUGACGUCGACUAAUAUAUUCAACCAUCGAUCGGUUGCUCUGGUAACACUCUAACGCGGCCUCAUGCCCUCUUCUAUAUCAUCGUUAUUAUUGUAAUGUUUAAAUUCACCACACUGCGACUUCUUGUAAUUUAGUAGACUAAUCAACGAGAAAUCGCUUCGUGUGAAUGAAACCAACUAAAAACGAAGAAAAUACGGUUGCAUCUAAAAAUAUGUACCUUAGGAACAAAAUUUGUUAAUGCGACAUGGUUCUAAAAUAUCAAAAUUUUUAAAUGUGACCGUUCACAAAGUUUUAUACCAUAAAGGCGACAUUAGAAUCGAUUCAAACAAGUACAGCUCCCUUUUAAAUACAUGUGGUAAUACUGA